AUGGGGAUUGAGACGACGACGCCCAAUCGCAAAGGUAAUAAGGAGAUUUACGGUUUGCCGGUGGAGACGAAUUCGCAUAGCAAACCCAGGAAGUGCCGGCGACGUCAUCGGAAGAUGUCGCCGGUUCAGAGGCUAUACCAGACGUGCAAGGAUGUCUUUUCCUUUUGUGGUGCCGGGAUUGUUCCCUCCCCUGAAGAUAUCCAACGGCUACGCUCUGUUUUGGAUACCAUGAAACCUGCUGAUGUCGGCCUCACUCCUGAAUUGCCGUACUUCCGGAUGACAGUAGCUAGACGAACCCCAGCAAUAACAUACCUGCACCUGCACGAGUGUGAAAAAUUUUCAAUGGGGAUAUUUUGCUUGCCACCUUCAGGUGUCCUUCCCCUUCAUAAUCACCCUGGAAUGACGGUUUUUAGUAAAAUUCUCUUUGGGACCAUGCAUAUCAAGUCAUAUGAUUGGGUGGCUGAUGCACCAGAGGACAAAUCCACAAGUGCGAAUCCUUCACCAGCUACCCCUCCUGGUGUUCGUUUGGCCAAAGUUAAGGUUGAUGCCGAUUUUACUGCUCCUUGCAACACUUCCAUCCUAUAUCCAGCUGAUGGAGGGAACAUGCACUGCUUCACAGCAGUGACAGCAUGCGCGGUGCUUGAUGUGCUCGGUCCCCCAUAUUCUGAUCCCGAUGGUCGACACUGCCAAUACUACCUUGAUUUCCCAUUUUCUCAUUUCUCAGUUGAUGGAGUAUCAGUGGCUGAAGAAGAGAAGGAAGGUUAUGCUUGGCUACAAGAGAUAGAGAAACCGGAGGACUUAGCUGUAGAUGGAGCCAAGUACAGGGGCCCCAAAAUAGUGGAGAAUUGA